AUGAGUCUUGCCACAUUCCUGGUAGUUAAAGCACCGUCUCAAAUUGAUGUUCCCUAUCUAAAAUCGGUUCUACAAAAUCUUUACAGUUGGAAAAGUGCCACAUCUGGAUGUACUCAUCUGCAACGCAGUUUGGACGUCGUAAACGAUCCAUCGAAAUAUGGUGGUAUGAUGGCCUACAGCAGAAGCAAAUUGGCUCAGGUGAUGUAUACACGACAUUUGGCUACGAUUAUUGAGAGGAAGAAACUUCCUGUGAACGUAACUGUUUGCCACCCAGGAGGUGUCGAUACAAACAUACUCCAAGAGUCCGGAUAUCAAUGGGUUAGGGUAGUAUUUAGACCAAUCAUGUGGUUUGUGCUCAAAACUGACGACGAUGGAGCUCAAAUGCCAAUAUUUCUAGCACUCAGCGAAAAAGUGCACAAGAGUAAUGGGCAGUACUUCAAAGAUUUCGUCGUAACCGAAGUUCCAGAGAAGUGUCAGGACAGAUUAGCA